GGCUUCCAGUGUUUUCCGACCGGGCUUGUUCAACCAUAAAGUUGCAAUAGUGACAGGUGGAGGCACCGGGAUCGGUAAAGCUAUCUCUGCGGAGCUGCUGGAGCUGGGCUGCAGUGUGGUGAUCUCCAGCAGAAAGGCAGACAGGCUGGAGGCAGCAGCUCGGGAGAUGAGACAGAAAAUCCCUCCCUCCAGUCCUGCAAGUGUCACUGCUGUGCCCUGUAACAUCCGCAGCGAGGAGGAGGUGAAGGCUCUUGUGUCAUCAGUGCUGAAGCGAUAUGGCCGUAUAGACUUUCUGGUGAACAACGGAGGAGGUCAGUUCAGCAGCCCUGCAGAAGACAUGUCCUCUAAGGGCUGGAAGGCUGUGGUAGACACCAACCUGACAGGAACCUUCCACUGCUGCAAGGAGGUCUACACAGCAUGGAUGAAGGAGCACGGAGGCGCCAUCGUCAGCAUCAUCGCCAACAUGUGGAACGGCUUCCCAGACGCGGCCCACACAGGAGCAGCGAGGGCAGCGGUGGAUAACUUAACUAAGAGUCUCGCCAUCGAGUGGGCAGCCUCGGGGGUCCGAAUCAACGCUGUUGCACCUGGUAAAAUCUUUUCCAAAACAGCGAUGGAGAACUAUAAAGGGAAUAGACCAGAUCUUUUCAAGAUGUCCGUUCCAUUCACUCCUUCGAAGAGGCUGGGAGUGCCCGAAGAGGUCUCAUCUGCAGUGUGCUUCCUGCUCUCUCCUGCUGCUUCCUACAUUUCUGGAGCCACGUUGAAGGUCGAUGCGGGACAAAGUUUGUAUACAUCCAUGUGGGAGAUACCGAACCACAGUGCAUGGCCUGAAGCUCCAGAGGGGGAGAACCUGGAUGCUCUGAAUGAACUGGUCGACCCAAAAAGGAAACUCUGAUUCACUCAUGGGACGCGCGAGAGCACAAAAUCCCCACGCCAAAAGGCAUCGUGGACUCUGAGCCACAAGCAUUAUCAAGCACUGUAUUUGUAGUGUGUGACUGAUUAUUAAGAGUCUGCACAUAACUUUAUGUAAUUAAUAGCACUACAAGUGUCCAGAGGUAAAGAUUUGUAACAUUCCAGCUGCUGAAAUGUACAUAUUGUUUUUCUUUCCAAUGUUCUUGUCAGUAAGUCUAUGAGCAAAAUUUAAUAAAACUGUAAAACAGAACAAUAUCAUUUGUGG